GGGCGCGUCAUUCCUAUCCUGGCGGCCCCGCCGCGCCGGGAGCAGGACGGGGCCGAGCCGCCCGGCCGGGACGCGGCGCUGGCCGCCGUGGCGGAGCGGGCAGAGCGCGUUGGCGCCGUGCUCCUGCUGCUCCUGCAGAAGCUGGAGGAUGCCCGGAGCCAGCAGCCACCGAGCAAGGUGCUGGGACACGCGUUCAUCUUUGCUGUCACGCACAAAGAUGAGAGGCCCUGGACCACGGCGAGGAGUCGGGCGGUGGCUCAGGAGGUGCUGGAGCGGCUGGUCCGGGCUGCGGGCUGCGGGUCCGUGGAGGAAUUCCUGCGGGGGAAGGAGGAGGAUGAGGAAGGAAGAUUCGGAGUGGUGAUGGGGAUCCUGAAGCAGGAGUUGACCAAAGACACCUGGAAGUGUAACCCUGCCUCCAAAGACGUGUUCUCCUGGGCUCUGCUCCGCGUCAGCCGGCCCUGGCUGUGCCCGCACCUGGAGCGGGUCCUGCCGCCCGCGCUGCUCCUCUCCGACGACUUCCAGGAGGAGAACAAAGUGCUGGGCGUGCGCUGCCUGCACCACAUCGUCCUCAACGUGCCAGGGGCGGAUCUGUGCCAGUUCAACAGGGCCCAGGUGGUGUUCCACGCCCUCUACAACCACCUCUACUCACGGGAGGCCCCUCUCAUCCAGGCAGUGCUGCUGUGCCUGCUGGACCUGCUGCCCGUCCUGGAGCGAUGCCAGCGGCGCCAGGGCCACGGCAGAGCCACCUCCCCCUGGGACCAGGUGCUGCAGCUGGUGCUGACCCACAUGGAGGCCGAGCACCGGCUGGCACUGCGCAGGGUCUACGCUGGGACCCUGCCUGCCUUUGUCACCAGACUGGGCAUCCUCAUCGUGAGGCACCUGAAGAGGCUGGAGCGAGUCAUCCUGGGCUACCUGGAGGUCUCUGAUGGCCCUGGGGAAGAGGCCAGACUGGGAAUCCUGGAGACCCUACAGUGCACCAUAGAGCAUGCCUGGCCCAGGAUGCCCUGCAGGCUCCCUGUGCUCCUCAAGGCCCUGCUGAGGCUGCUCUGGGACGUUCACACGGAGCGGGGCCCGACCCCCGAGCCCGUCAGGGCUGCCCUGCUGCACAGGGCCACCCAGUGCCUCAUCCUGCUGGACCGCUGCUGCCAGGGCCAGGUCAAGGUGCUGCUGGCAGGGGUGCACAGCAGCUGUCAGGAGGACCGGGUGCGGGAGUGCCUCAGGAAGGUGCAGGAGAGCACCUGACACUGCUCACCCCCUUUUGUACAAUAAAAUGUUGUAUUUAUUGAAA